AUGUGUCCGCUCGUAAUUAAAGCUUUAUGUUCCUCAAGCAAGCGAUGCACAGUAAUACAACGGAAUUAUCAGGCCAAUCACGUCAUCCCAUCGACCAAGCUGGCGGUCCACUGCAGCAACACGUCUUCGACCCCUCCCCCUCCUUCUUCUUCUGCCACCUCUGACCACUUGCCCCUAACCAAUUCUAACUUUCGCCAUCUAAACCCAAACCCAAACCCACAUAUUGGACCUUCUCCUAUUUCUUCAACUCCUUCAACUCCUAAAGGCCCAACCUCCAAGAUUGCGUCUCGUCGUACUACUCAACUUGCCCAACACCUCAAGGGCUCUACUUCAUCGACCGUCGACCAGACCUCGGGUAAUUCAGGAUCUACGUCUGCAAUGGCUUCGUCUUAUGGCGUCCGCAAGAUCGGUGCUCCCAACACCUUGGAGCACCGAGUCUACGUCGAGAAGGAUGGCGUUCCCGUCUCUCCUUUCCACGACAUUCCUCUCUUUGCCAACGCGGAGCAGACCAUCCUGAACAUGAUCGUUGAGAUUCCCCGAUGGACCAAUGCCAAGCUUGAGAUUUCCAAGGACGAACUCCUGAACCCCAUCAAGCAGGACAUCAAGAAGGGCAAGCUACGAUACGUCCGCAACUGCUUCCCCCACAAGGGAUAUCUCUGGAACUACGGUGCUUUCCCUCAGACCUGGGAAGACCCCAACUCCAUUCACCCGGAAACCAAGGCUAAGGGUGAUAAUGACCCACUCGACGUCUGCGAGAUCGGCGAGCUGGUUGGCUACGUGGGACAGGUCAAGCAGGUCAAGGUCCUCGGUGUUAUGGCUCUGCUCGACGAGGAAGAGACCGACUGGAAGGUCAUCGUUGUCGACAUUAACGACCCCUUAGCUUCCAAGCUAAACGACGUCGAGGAUGUUGAGCGACACCUCCCCGGUCUCCUCCGCGCUACCAACGAGUGGUUCCGUAUCUACAAGAUCCCCGAUGGAAAGCCCGAGAACCAGUUCGCCUUCACUGGUGAAUGCAAGAACAAGGCUUACGCCCUAGAUGUCAUUCGCGAAUGCGGUGAGGCUUGGGAACGAUUGAUCACCGGCAAGACGCAGCCCGGCGGCAUCUCUACGACCAACCUGACCGUGUCCCACUCGCCGAGCCGCGUCGAACCUGAGCAGCUGCCUCCCCUGCCCCCCAAUGAGGAACUCGCGCCCGAGAAGAUCGACAGCUCGAUCGACAAGUGGUUUUUCAUCAGCGGUGCUGCCGCGUAG